AUGUAUAUUUCCCCAGUUGGAAUCGGCAAUGCAAAGCCAGAAGAUCCCUUCUGGCUGGAGGGUAUCAAGCAUCAGGGCAUCUCCGCUUUCAACCCAGACCCCAGCUCUUACAAGGUGUUCCGUAACGUCAAGGAUUUUGGCGCUGUUGGUGAUGGCGUAGCGGACGACACAGAGGCUAUCAACGCUGCGAUGUCCAUGGGAGGGAGGUGCGGUGGCGGAAAUUGGGAGUCUUCCACGAUCGUCCCUGCCAUCGUUUACUUCCCUCGAGGCAUAUACAAAAUCGCCUCUCCUAUUGUUGCUUAUUAUUACACCCAAAUCAUCGGAGAUGCACGAAAUCCCCCAACUCUUCUUGCUGCCUCUAACUUCAACGGGAUGGCCAUCAUCGAUGCCGAUCCGUAUAUUCCCGGAGGAGGUGGUGCUCAAUGGUACACGAACCAGAACAACUUCUUCCGCAGUGUCCGGAACUUCGUAAUCGAUCUCAGGCGGAUGCCUGACUUUGCGUCUGCCACUGGAAUACAUUGGCAGGUUGCGCAAGCAACUUCGCUUAUGAAUAUAAUAUUCUUAAUGAGCACGCGGAAGAACAAUGCCCAUCAGGGAAUUUGGAUGGAGAAUGGAAGUGGCGGUUUUAUGGGAGAUCUAACAUUUCAUGGAGGCAAAUUCGGCAUGUGGGUAGGGAACCAGCAAUUCACUGUGCGCAACAUCACGGUGCAUAACGCAGACACAGCCGUGUACGGAAUGUGGAACUGGGGAUGGACGUUCCAGGGGGUUACAAUCGACAAUUGUCAGGUUGGCUUUGAUCUCAAGACUGGAGGAACAUCGUCGGAUAAUCAAACUGUCGGCGGAGAGGCCAUUAUUGACGCUAUAGUGACCAACACGCCUGUCUUCCUGCGCACCUCAACAGCGACCUCUUCGCUAGCUGGGUCGCUUGUCUUGAACAACAUUCAUCUUAACAAUGUCCCUGUAGCCGUUGGCGUCAUCGGGGGACAAGUCCUCUUACCAGGAGGUACCACCGUCAUUGCCAGCUGGGCGCAAGGGAAUGUGUAUACAGGCAUGAACAGCCAGCAUUCGUUUGUUCGGGGCAACAUUCCUGCGCCAAUGAAGGCACAGAGUUUGCUUGAUAGCUCUGGCAGGAUUUUCGGCCGAGUGCAUCCCCAGUAUGAAGACUACUCUGUAGACCAGUUCGUGAGCGUCAGAACUCUAGGCGCGAAGGGCGACGGGCGCACAGACGAUACAGAGGCACUCCAGUCUAUUUUGAAUGAGUACUCGGGACGAAGGAUCAUAUUUGUCGAUGCGGGCACCUAUUACAUAACGGGCACCCUCACAAUCCCUGCAGGUACCCAACUUGUAGGCGAAGCAUGGAGCGUAAUAAUGGGUGGUGGACCCGCCUUCGCCGACCAGAAAAAUCCUACUGUCAUGGUGCGAGCUGGGGAGCCGGGUUCCGAGGGUAUCCUCGAGAUCACGGAUAUCAUCUUUGCGACGCGGGGCCCUGCACCAGGCGCUAUCGUUGUGGAAUGGAAUAUACAUUCUGAUAUUCAGGGCGGCGCCGGGAUGUGGGAUUCUCACAUCAGACUCGCGGCCGGGACAAACUUGGAAGUAGCACAAUGCCCCCAAACGCCGGUCAACGACUCAUGCUAUGCGGCGUUUCUCGCACUUCACUUAACACCUAGUUCAAAUGCCUACCUCGAAGGCACUUGGGUCUGGCUAGCAGAUCAUGAUCUUGACGGAGAUGGAAAGUCUCAGAUCACAGUUUUCAGUGGUCGUGGUAUAUUGUCCGAGUCGGCGGGACCUGUAUGGAUGAUUGGAACAGCUGAACAUCAUACACUGUAUCAAUACAAUCUCAUCAAAGCCAGAGACCAUUAUAUGGGGUUGAUACAAACUGAGACGCCAUACUAUCAGCCGACUCCCAUGCCUCCGGCACCGUUCUCGAUCGAAGCAAAGUACAAUGACCCAACAUUCCCACCCGGCCAAUCGUCGUCGUGGGCCGUCAACAUACAGAAUUCUGCAAACAUCCUAAUCUUUGGCGCUGGCCUCUACAGUUUCUUCAGUAACUAUACGCAAGCGUGUCUCAAGGAUCGGUCGUGCCAAAGCCAGAUUUUCAACGUCGACCUCACGUCGUCGAUCAGCGUGUACAGUCUGGCAACGGUCGGAGUGACCCAUCAGCUCAGCGUUGAUCAUCACCCGAUCAUUCCAGCCAAUGCAAAUAUGAACGGCUUCCAGUGCACGGCUACUGCUUGGACACGGUAAUGCACACAGUAGGAUUAACUGGUCGAUAGCAACGGGUGCCUAGGGCUAUCACCUCUUGUAAGUACUAAUUCCCAUGACAUGCCGAGCUUCCGUUUCUUUGAAUGACGUCGCUACGAAUUACUUUUCUUUCCUUUUGAGUGGUUUAUGUGCGAUGUUAUGGACAGGAUGCUUGCGAUAGACGUAGACCGACCAAAAAUGACUGCAGGCAACCACUGGUGCUCUCAUCGAAGAUUACUUUAGCUAUAGAGAGGACCGCCCUCAUGUGCAUCAU